CGUCGACGGAUUGGCAGCGCGGUGAACCCGUUUUCUCGCACCUCGUGCUGCCCUGUCUCCCUCCCCUCCCGAUGCCGCCCAAAUCGAAGGCGGCGGCCGCCGCCGCGGAGCCUGUCUCCGUGGAGGACCUCUUCUCCGCGCUCCACAGCCACAUCGAGGCUGGCGAUUUCGCCCAGGCCGUCAAGGUCGCCGACCAAGUUCUCAAGGCGGCGCCGGGGGACGAGGACGCGGUGCGAUGCAAGGUGGUGGCGCACAUUAAAUCCGACGAGACCGACAAGGCGCUCGCCGCGAUCCGCGCCGCCGAGCGCCUCCCCAUCGACCUCGGCUACUACAAGGCCUACUGCUACUACAGGCAAAACAAACUGCAAGAAGCUCUGGAGCUUUUAAGAGGUCAAGAAGAAACUUCUGCUGUUCUCCAGCUGGAAUCCCAGAUUUUUUACCGGCUAGGAAGAAUGAAUGAUUGCAUGAAUAGCUAUGAGAAGCUUCAAAAAUUUAAGAUUGACUCAAUGGAUCUGAAGAUAAAUAUCAUUGCUGCUCUGGUUGCUGCUGGAAGGGCUUCUGAAGUUCAGGCAGCUAUGAAGGCACAAAAGGUUGAUCUUACCACAAGAGCACUCAGGGAGGCUCGUAGCUUUGAGCUUGCAUACAACUCUGCUUGCUCAUUGAUAGAAAACAAGAAGUAUUCAGAAGCUAAAGAGCAGUUGGACUUGGCUAAAAGAAUUGGGAAAGAAGAGCUUAUGGUGGAAGACUAUGCAGAAGACGAGAUUGAAUAUGAACUAGCUCCUGUCUCUGCUCAGCUUGCGUAUGUGCAGCAGUUACAAGGACAGUCUCAAGAAGCUAUGCAAACCUAUGUUAAUAUGAUAAAUAGGAAAACAGCAGAUUCAUCAUCACUUGCUGUGGCAAUAACAAACCUUAUUUCACUGAAAGGUACGAAAGAUGCUGCAGAUAGCUUGAGGAAGCUCGAUCGGCUUUUUGAAAAAUCUACUGCUCCAAACCAGUUGCAACUUAUUGAAAGCCUUGACUUCAAGUUAUCUCCAAGGCAAAAAGAAGCACUGUAUUCUGCUUGUGUUCUUUUACUCCUCCAUGCAAAUAAAACAGAUCAGGCGCAUGAGCUGGUCAGUGGGCUGCUUGGUAUGUUUCGAGAUAGUGUAUUCCCUGUUUUACUUCAAGCAGCUGUUCAUGUGAGAGAAAAGAAGGUUCAGAAAGCUGAAGAAGUUCUUAGCCGGUAUGCUGAGAAGCAUCCUGAGAAUUCUAAAGGGGUCCUACUUGCACUUGCUCAGAUUGCUGCUAAUGCCAACCAUUUUCAGCUUGUUGCUGACUCACUGUCCAAAAUACCUGACAUCCAGCACAUGCCUGCUACAGUUGCUACACUAGUAGCUCUAAAAGAGCAUCUAGGCGACUCCAAUGGCGCAGCUUCUGUACUUGAUUCUGCUAUCCAGUGGUGGAAGAAUUCCAUGAGUGAGGAUAAAAAAAUAGAUGUGUUUAUGCGGGAGGCUGCUACUUUUAAGCUCAAUCAUGGGCGUGAUGAAGAAGCCUGUCUAUUGUACGAGGAACUUGUGAAGAGCCAUGGAAGCAUCGAAGCUUUGGCUGGGCUAGUAACAACUUCAGCACGCACUAACCUUGAGAAGGCUGAACAAUACGAGAAGAAGCUGAAGCCAUUGCCAGGUCUUGAAGGAAUUAAUGUUGAGAGCUUGGAGAAGACAUCUGGUGCAAGGCAUGUUGAAGGGCCCCAAGCCAUGAAGGUCGACGUUCCUGAGGAAGUGAAGAAGCAAAAGACAAAGAAGAGGAAGCGGAAGCCUAAAUACCCGAAAGGCUUUGAUCCAGCGAAUCCAGGGCCACCACCAGAUCCUGAGAGAUGGCUGCCCAAGAGAGAGCGGUCCAGUUACCGUCCAAAGAGGAAGGAUAAGAGGGCUCAGGUCAGAGGUGCUCAAGGAGCUGUGACUAGAGAGAAGCAUGAUUCAUCCGGGACAGUGGCUGCCAAUGCCAGUUCAUCGAAAACCCCAGCGGCAAGUACUGAUCAACCAAAGACUUCCAACAAAUCCAGGAAGAAGAAGUCGAGGUCUUAGAUGAUAAAUUUUUAAGUUACAACAAGUUGACAGUGCAAAAUGAUAUGCUCAUUUACCUUGACCUGCAAUUUUGGUUUAAAUCACAUUUGAUUGCUGCUUUGCUACGCCUUCCCAAUCAUAUUUGUGGCGAGUCAGACUAUUGAAUUUUUUAUUGAAAUGCGUCGCAAUGGAUGUCUCGGUAGAAUUAAGUUUUUUACAUGUUUAUAA